AUGCGAUUCUUAGUACUCAGCGUUUUAGCCCAGGCCAUCUCAGUUAGUGGCCUAGGUAUCCUCAACUUCCGGGACCAGUCUUCCAUUCCAGCAGCUCUGCUUACUGCUCCUCCUGUUCCUGCUGCUACUACUACUUCAACUUCCCGUAAUGGGGUCUUGAAAGAAGGCACCAAGAUUCAUGUGGGAAGUGGCUGCAUUUUGAUUAAUUCAGCUGUCACACUGUGCAAGAGCGACGAGAAAAACCAAGACCUGUACAAGCCAUACUACAGCGGUCCGUACACGUUGGUUGAUGAUGAAACCGCCAGCGUUGUUAUCCAUUCGAAGUUCAACGGUGACAACCAUACUGCUAUCUUGGUGGAGGCUGGGUGCAAGCUUGAGGCAAACUGGCCUAGCUACUAUGGUGAUCUGGAAUUUUUUGAUGACUGUCUCUUCGAUCGCACCAGAAAGUAUCUCCAGUGCUGUCCUGAAGAGCAGAAAACUCAGACUGAUAUCCCGAAUCCAUACUUUCUCUACGAGCGUCGAUAUGAUAGUCGAUACAACUAA